GCCGAGUGACGCACGGCGGGGGCGUGUCCUGGUGUCGCGCGCCGCCGCAACGCCGCUCAGUAGCUUUUUCCCCGCAGAGAGAGCGCGAGAGUGCGAGCGCGAGAGAGAGAAGAUGGCGGCCGUGCCAAGCGGAGCUGCUGUUGGUGCGUCCGCCGCGGCCGCGAUUUCGCACUCUGCCCGCAACGCCGCGUCCAUGUGCCCGGCGAACAGAGCACCGCCGAACUCCGCCAUCGAGCACCAGGGCCGAGUCGGACAGAGCGCGUCGUGUAUGUCGGGCCCCGGGCACCCCGCGGUCGGCAGGCCGCCCCCAGCUCGAGUGGGCUACUACGAGCUGGAACGGACCAUCGGCAAGGGCAAUUUCGCCGUCGUGAAACUCGCCACGCACGUCAUCACCAAAGCCAAGGUGGCGAUUAAAAUCGUGGACAAGACGCAGCUGGAUGACGACAACCUGAAGAAGAUCUUCAGGGAGGUGCAGAUCAUGAAGAUGCUGCGACACCCGCACAUCAUUCGCCUCUACCAGGUAAUGGAGACCGAGAGGAUGAUUUAUUUAGUAACAGAGUACGCCAGUGGUGGAGAGAUAUUCGAUCACCUGGUGGCUCACGGGCGCAUGGCGGAAAAAGACGCACGGCGAAAGUUUAAACAGAUUGUGGCGGCCGUCCACUUCUGUCACUGCAGAAACAUCGUCCACAGAGACCUGAAGGCUGAAAACCUGCUGCUGGAUCACAACCUCAACAUCAAAAUCGCAGACUUUGGCUUCAGUAAUCUGUUCUCUCGGGGACAGUUGUUGAAGACGUGGUGUGGAAGUCCACCAUAUGCAGCUCCAGAGCUGUUUGAGGGCAAAGAAUAUGACGGUCCCAAAGUGGAUAUCUGGAGCCUGGGUGUGGUGCUGUACGUACUCGUGUGUGGUGCUCUCCCGUUCGACGGCAGCACCCUGCAGAACCUGCGAGCCCGUGUUCUCAGCGGCAAGUUCCGUAUCCCGUUCUUCAUGUCCACAGACUGCGAGUAUCUAAUAAGGCAUAUGUUAGUAUUGGAGCCGAGCCGUAGACUCACCAUGGAGCAGAUCUGCAAGAACAAGUGGAUGAGACAGGGAGACCCAGAUCCUGAUUUUGACAGGUUGAUAGCCGAGUGUGAGCAGGUGAAGACUGAAAGAGAGACUGAGCUGAUUAACGAGCAGGUUCUCAUGGCCAUGUCUGACAUGGGACUGGACAGAGAGCGCACUUUACAGUCAUUGCACACGGACGCAUACGAUCACUACAGCGCCAUCUACAGCCUGCUGUUGGACAGACUCAAGAGGCACAAAACGUUGCGCGUGGCUCCACCCUCCACCCCUCGCCCCAUCAGCUACCCCCUCAACGCUGUGCAGGAUCAAGCUAAUGCCAUUAGCAUGACUGUUCCUCACGUCCAGCUUAUAAAUCCAGAGAACCAGAUUGUGGAGCCUGACGGGACAAUGGCGUUGGACAGUGAUGAAGGGGAGGAGCCGAGUCCAGAGGCGAUGGCUCGCUAUCUGUCUAUGAGACGCCACACUGUCGGCGUGCCGGACCCCAGGACUGACAUGAUGCAGGAGGAGCUGAAGUUACCACCAGGGUUUGUGCGUGCCCCUCCUCAGGCGCCGUUCCCCCAAAUGCCCCCAACAAUCAUGCACACGCCUACUUUCAUGCCCACCCAGAGCCUGCAGCCCACACAGCAUCUCGAGUACAAGGAGCAGUCCCUGCUUCAGCCCCCGACUCUGCAGCUGUUGAACGGGAUGGGUCCGCUGGGUCGCAGGGCUUCAGACGGAGGAGCGAACAUCCAGCUUCACGCACAGCAGAUGCUCAAGAGACCACGGGGCCAGUCACCGCUCGUCACCAGCCCUCAUCCGAUUCCAGCCGUCGCUCCGGUGGAUGAGGAGGGGUCAGACGGAGAGCCCGACCCAGAGGCAGUGCAGAGGUACUUGGCGAACAGCUCCAAGCGACACACAACGCACAACGCAGCGAGCUCGAGCUACACCUCCACUGAGCUCUCAAACGACAUUCAGAGAGCACGCACAAGGGGCUGGAUCCCCGAGCACUCACGGUCAUCCUAUAAAGACUGUAACACACUGCACUUACCAAUGGAGCGCUUUUCUCCUGUGCGGCGCUUCUCCGACGGAGCGGCGACCAUCCAGGCUUUUAAAGCCCAGCUAGAGAUUAAACAGCUCAAGCAGGAGUGUGAGCAGCUGCAGAAGAUGUAUGCUGCACCACAGGAUGAGAAGCUACUGGAGCACACACAGCAACAGCACGUCCUCUACCAGCAAGAACAACAGAUCCUACACCAGCAAAUUCAGGCCCUUUCUUUGGGACAUGGAGAAAACCAGCCCAGUCAUCUUACCCACCAGCUACAAAGGUUGCGUAUUCAACCCUCCAGCCCGCCACCUACACAUCCCAGCAACCACCUCUUUAGCCCAGCCAAUCAGAGCCCACCACCGGGAAGCCAAGGGAUGAUGCCGGCACAUGGUGGGCCUUUCCAGCACACCCCUGAUUUGUACCAAUCCUCCGGCAGCAGUCCGCCUUCUUCUGCUCUACCAUGCAUGGCCAUGGCCAGUCAGCCACCGCCGCCCCAGCCUUCCGGCCCCUCCCACCCCGCCCACCCCGCCCACGUGGCAUUAGCUCAGCAGCAGCCGGUGACCAUCCAGGUGCAGGAGGUGGAGCUCGGCGUCGGAGCGCAGCGCCAGAGUUUCCUAGCGACGCCGUGUCACCGAGUUCUGGGGAAGCAACUGAGCGCAGACAACGCCGAAACCCACAGCCGCAGCCUGGGCCGUUUCCACUGCUCGACGUCGGCGUACGAACACGCCCAGUUCAGCGCCCACAUAGGCGCGAACGCCUACAACCCCUAUGCCCAAGCGGCGUCCCUCAAAGUACCUGGCUUGGACGGUUACCCUUGUUACGGCAGUCCGUCGGCCCUGCAGCAGGCUCUGCUGUCUCCGACGCCUUUGGAGUACCGUGUGGCGCAACAGCAGCAGCAGCAGCAGCAGCAGCAGCAGCACCACCACGUCACGCCCGUACUGCAGGGCCUGCUCUCGCCGCGCCACUCGCUGACCGGCCACGCCGACCCACGUCUGACACCACAUGACCUCGCUAACCUGCUCAAACGCUCACGGCCUGCUGGUCCCGCCAUGCCCAAUAACAACAACAACCCUCCGCCACUUCCACCUCCUGAAUACACUGACAAUCUGCUGCUCAACCAGGACUAUAGCGACAAUCUGCUGAUGCUGGAGUCGACCCCACCCACAGCACAGGCUCCGCCCCAAACACAUUACCAUCACCACCACCUGCUGCAGAUUCGGACUCCUCCCUCAGAGUGCCAAGCUCCGCCUCUUGCUCACUCUGAAAGCAUGGAGGAGGACGACGUCAAUGCUGCCUACCACGACGGCCUGCUGGCCAAAGUCACCACGACGACAGCGCAGAGGGUGGUGAUGGAGGCUGAUCCUCGUCCUGUUCAGGGAGAUGCGUAUCGGCCCCGGGCUUCGCUGCAGCGCCAUCACACCAUCCAGACUGCUGAUGACGCUUACGAUCAGGCAGAAAUGUCUGGAAUGAGCCUAUUGGCCGGGAAGGCGUUAAGCUCCGCCCGCAUGUCUGACAUCCUCAGCCAGACGUCUCUGGUCGGAAGUCAGCAGCUGCACCAGAGGGAGGAGUCAGUGUGUAAUGUGGAGGACGAGCUGCACUCAGCUGCGUGUUAUCCCUCCUCCUGCACCAGCGACAUGCUGCUCACCUACAAACCCCAAGACCUUCAGUACAGCAUGGAGCAGGCCGGCGUCUAACACUCCGGUAAUCUGACGUGUGUGUGCAGUGUGUAUAAAGCUCCAUAUCCGUCUCCUGUGUUCAGCUGCGUCAUGCCAAACCUCCGUGUGUGUUUGCGUCUGUGUGUGUAUGUUCGCGCAUGUGUGUGCGUGCGUGCGUGCAUGUGCGCACCCUCCAAGAAGAAGAUCCCUCAUCGUCCUGCUCUUCCCACCGAUUGGACGAACCGGGUAACUCCUUCUGACUCCGCCCCCAAAUGUUCAUCUGCUCCUUCUGACUCCGCCCCUUCUGUUCUCGUCUACGUCACCACAGCGAGGCAUCUGCACACAGUCUUAUGUAGACACAUCUGUAUAAAUAUAAACACAUUCUUACACACGCACACAGAUCACACGCAAAGCCACAAACCCAAAGUAUUUCACAAAAGCCUGUCCUUUCGGUUUUUGUUUUUAUUUGUAUUAUUUUUAUUAUUAUUGUUAUUAUUUGGAAGCGGGGGUAGCGUCCGCGAUCCCUAACCUCCCCCCAUCCGCAGCGCUACAAUGGAUCAUUCCGGAGCAGCUCUGAUAGCAGCCCAGCGCGGAGCAGUCUACUCUGAUACGCUGGGGGAGAGGCGGACAGGCUCAGAGACCUUCGCUAGGACACAGGACGACCAGCUCUCAUUCGUUUAGUCUCUUUCUCUCCAUCAUUUUUUUCUUUUCUUUUUUUUUUAAUGGAUUUUUAUGGAUAAUGUUCACGUAUGAAUUAUGAUCAUUAUUAUUAAUUAUUAUUGUUAUUGUUUUCUGUAAAAGAAGUUUUAUGGUUAUAAUAUUAUAAUGACUAUUAUUAUUAAUAUUAUUAAAAGAGAGGAAGAAAAUCGGUGUUGCAAACAACAACAAAAAAAAAUUUAUCCUGCACUUUCAGUAAAAAAAAAAGUCAGCUUUAUUUUCUUAACUUUUUUUUUUCCUUCUUCUUUUUCACUCCCUCUCUAAUUCCAUUCAUUCCACCUUUCUCUAUCCGUCUCGUCCGAGCCUCCUGCCCCCUCCACACCUUCAUCCCCGGGCCGGUGCGGUGCGGUGCGGCGCAGUUUCCUCUUGUACAGUGACGCCGUGUAAAGACCGCUUCGUUUCUGUAAGCUUUCAGUGUUUCAGUACGCGUGAAUGUUUUUAUAUAUUUCUUUAUCCGUAUUUUUUCCUGUUUUUCUUCCUCCCCCACAGAGAGAUGCUCGUUUAUCCCACAGCUCGAGGAGUGUCGUUAUUUUUAUUUUGGGCUGCUUUUUAUUUUAUUUGUUUGCGCCGCACUGUCAUGCCAACACAUCACCUCACUUUUAUAUGUCUGUCUCUCUCACACACACACACACACACACACACACAUAUCGAGAUUUGCAUCCAACACUCCAGACGCUUGAAUUUAACGCUCAGCGCUUAUUCCAAUCGUCAAGCGAAGUAUUUCAAGUGCACUAGGCUUGAAGUGCACACUGCGUCUUGAGCUUCCCAGCAGCUUUUCACGCGCACUAGGUCUAAACGGGGAGGAGGUUGAGAUUUGGAACACAACCGUAACGCUUCACUUUCGCGAGCUUGGAACGUGAUUGGCCGAGAAUUCAGCACUCGGCUAAUAACAGGAGGAAAAGUGCACAAGACCUGGUGUUCAGACUUCAGAGAUUUGGGAAGCGACCGUUUGCAAAUGGACUGAACGUUGUGUGUGUGUGUGUGUGUGUGUGGUGGUGUUUUGCACCACGUGCCUUGUGUCCACGCCCCAGGUGCAUGCUGGGUCAUCGUUGAUGAAGGCAGCGUUCUUGUGCUCUUCUAUUUCUUUCUCUCUCUCUCUCUCUCUCUCUCUCUCUCUCUCUCCAAGUCAUUUAAUUUUAUUCAUUCUUAUUUCCUAGUUUUAUUUUUUGUUGUUGUCGUUUUUGUUUUUCAGUACAAAAAAUACUAAAGUGCAACAACAAAUGGUUAAAAAAAGAAUUCCAAACAAACCGAGAGAAUAAUAAAUAUAUAUAAAUAAAGAAAUAAUUCAAAAACCUUA